AUGGGAAGAUCCAACUCGUCUGAAGCUUUAUGUGAGAUUUGCGGUGAUCGAUCCUAUGGAAGACAUUAUGGACUCUGGACUUGUGAUGGUUGUUCGUGUUUCUUUAAGAGAAGUGUGCGCAAAAAGAUGGAGUACAAAUGUAUAACUGGAUUGAACAAUUGUGUGAUUGAUCGAACGAGGAGAAAUUGGUGUCCAUCGUGUCGUUUAGCGAAAUGUCGAAUGUUGAAUAUGAAUGCUGACGCGGUCCAAAACGAACGAGGACCGAGAAGGUUUGCGAAGAGAUUCAGCCGGACGUCAUUAAAAGCGCCAAUCGAAACGCCAAAGGUUUCACCCGUUGGAACCCUUGCUCAAUCAGAAGAACUUGCUGUGAAAAAGCCAAUGACUGAAGCAAAUCUAUCCGCUUCAAUCUGUCGUGUUGCUUUGACAAGUGCUUGGGCUAGCUCAAUUCUAGCUUUUUCGACGGAAGAUGUUAAGAUUUCAAUUCUCACUCAACACCACAAACUGAUUUGCUCUCUAUUCAGCGCAGCUAACACAAAUGUUUGGGUAAAGAGUCAAUUUCAGCAAUUUCCUCUGGAUCUUGAGCCAAUGGAUUUGGACAACGAAGAGCUUCGAAUGGCUGUUUGUUACUUGCUUUGUUCAAUGGGCAAAAACAAUAACUUCUUAUCAUUUGCAUUUCCAUUAGUUGAAUGGUACAAGGCUUGGCUCGGGGUCUACUGUUCGAAAUUUGGCGCUCAGGAAAGAGCUGAGAAGAUUCUCAAACUUGUUGACGAAAUCAUCAAAGAAGAACAAAAUAUGGUUUUCAAUUCCACCCUUGAUCUCUCAUCGAUGAUCAAAGAGCUGGCAAAAGAUCUCAUCAAUUCUAAAUCUCAAAACAAUUUAUGCCAGAUUUCAUCCAUUAAUCUCUUCUCA